AUGAAUUUACUCAUCAUUAUCUAUGCUGUACUGGCUGCCCUGUGUUGCUACAUCGUCCUCACUGUCUACGAACAAGUCCGAUCUCCAUUGCGCGACAUCCCCGGCCCCUUCGUAGCCCGGUUCUCAAGCCUCUGGUAUUUAUAUAAAUCAUACCGCGGCAAUUUCCAUCAUGAAAAUAUUGAGCUUCAUCGCAAGCACGGUCGGAUCGUCCGCAUUGCCCCCGGAACAUACUCAAUCUCUGAGCCAGACAAGGCCGUGUAUGGCGCUGGCAGCCGCUUCCCCAAGAGCGAUUGGUAUCAGGCCUGGAAACACCCGGACCUUGUAACGCUCUUCGCGGACACCAAUAUCAAGCGGCAUAAUGACUCGCGCAGGAGGGUGCAGAACCUGUAUUCCUUGUCUUCACUUGUGUCGUAUGAAGCACCUGUCAACGACUGCAAUGCCAUCCUCUGUCGGAAACUCCGGGACUUUGCGACAACUGGGGAGGUCAUCAACCUGACAUACUGGCUACAGUGCUAUGCCUUUGAUGCAGUCGGGUGCAUCACCUUCUCAAAGCGAUUUGGGUUCCUCGACGAAGGCAAGGAUAUUGGUGGGAUGAUAGAGGCCAAUGCGCAGCUUCUCCUCUACUCGACAGCAGCAGGACACUACCCAAGCCUUCAUCAAUAUUUAUAUCCCCUUCUUGAGCGCAUCCCGGGGACAGGAGCUUCUGGCUUGCGCAAGAUCACAAGUGCGGUGUACGAUAUGAUUUCCCUGCGUAGACGCUUGAGGGGCAACGGCGAAAAGGAUAAGUCCAGAGUCGACAACCAAGCUGGGCCUCAGGACUUCCUUGACAGAAUCAUGAACGCCCAGGAUGCUGAUCCCACUAAAGUGACUAACUCGCACAUCUUUAUGCUCGGAUGGGGUAACAUCAGCGCGGGCAGCGACACCACUGGAGUAACCUUAUCUUCGAUAUUAUAUUACCUGAUCCAGAAUCCCCAAACCAUGCGACGCCUGCUUGACGAAGUGAGCCAUGUCAGAUCUGCGGGAGGUUGCACAAAGGAGAGCGUCUCAUUUGCCCAAGCGCAAGAUAUGCCGUACUUGCAAGCCUGUAUCAAAGAAGGUAUGCGGCUUCACUCCGCAACCGGAUUGCCUCUGUGGCGCGUGGUGCCUGAAGGGGGAGCCGAGGUCUGCGGGCGUUACUUUCCGGGAGGGAGCGUCGUGGGAAUAAACACAUGGGUUGCGCACUACAGCGAGGCGGUAUUUGGCCAUGAUGUUGGUGAGUUCAGACCGGAGCGUUGGCUUGAGACGUCUGGUGAGCGCCUCAGAGCGAUGGGGUCGUACCUCAUACCUUUCGGUGUGGGUUCGAGGACAUGCAUCGGAAGGCAUAUCUCCAUGUUGGAGAUCAGUAAAUUGCUGCUGGUCGUGGUACAGAACUUUGAGAUUGAAAUGGUGGAUGACAAGGAGGGAUGGAAGACGCUCAACCAUUGGUUUGUCAUGCCUCUAAAUUUCAAUGUGAAGCUGAAGCCAAGGGUCUAGACUGGUGGAAAUAGUCAUAUAGAGGAUUAUCCGUGGGAGAGCU